AUGUUUUUGGCUUUAUUCUUCGGUGUAUUUUUAGUAGCUGCUGGUGCUGUGGCAUAUUUCUUCCUCACCAACAAGGGAAAGAAACAGGUGUCCAUUCAUAACCAUGACUGGAAACCUGACAUUGUCUACUUGUACCAGUUCCCAAGGAGCUCCUGCAUGCCGAAUGUGUCACCGUUUUGUCUGAAGGUUGAGACGUUUCUCAAGGCCAACAAAAUCCCAUAUGAAGUACGCCCACUAUUGAUGGGACGUUCACAAUACGGUCUGCUACCAUUUAUCGAGCUGAACGGUGAACACAUUGCCGACUCACAGAUCAUCAUUCACCGUCUCACGGAACACUUUAAAACCAAGACUUUGUUAAUACCGAGAGAUGAGGCCAUAGCAAGAACCAUCGACAGGAUGACCGACAACCACACAUUUUUGGUAUUGUAUCAAUUCAAAGUGCUUUCGACUGGGACAAAUAACUUCUUUUCUAUGAUGUUGGAAGAACUUGGAGUACCAAAGCUGAUUUUACCUAUUCUUGCAUAUUUUUUCAGGAGAAAGGCAGCAAAUCGUGUUGCGGCAUCUCUUGGCCAUUUUUCCACUGAAGAUUUCAAAAUAUUCUUGAAAAAGGACUACGAUGCCUACCGAGAUCUGCUUGGUGAUCAGAAAUUCCUCUUUGGAGACGAGAUUAAUACGGUCAGUGAUGCCUCUAGAAUUUCUUGA